AUGCCUGUUAGUACAACCGCCUUCUAUUGUAGCAUCUGUAAUGACUACCUGUUGUUUUCUCUCUCCUCUCUAGUUUUCUCUCUCCUCUCUAGUUUUCUCUCUAGUUUUCUCUCUAGUUUUCUCUCUAUUUUCUCUCUAGUUUUCUCUCUCCUCUCUAGUUUUCUCUCUAGUUUUCUCUCUCCUCUCUUGUUUUCUCUCUCCUCUCUUGUUUUCUCUCUCCUCUCUAGUUUUCUCUCUCCUCUCUAUUUUCUCUCCUCUCUAGUUCUCUCCCCCGUUCUCUCUAGUUCUCGCUCUCGUUCUCACUCCGGUACUCGUUCUCGCUCUGGUACUCGUUCUCGUACUCGUUUUCGCUCUGGUACUCGCUCCGCUCUCGUUUUCGUUCCUCUCUCGUUUUUGCUCUCGUACUCGCUCCUCGUUUUUGCUUUCACUCCUCUCUCGCUCUCUCUCUCUCGUUCUCACUCUCGUUCUUUCUCCCUGCCACUCUUUCUUUCCAUUGUAGAAAUGUCCAUUCUACAGUGA